AUUAUCAACAUGGAAAUUUUCGGACAGAUCCAGGACAUGGACGACGACGAUGAAGACGACGCUGUGGGACACGAGUUCUCCAAGGGCAUCGUCUGGGGCUACUUUGAGCAGGCCGAGAACACGUUCAAGCAGAUGCAGGAGGCCAUUGAGGAGCCGUCCUUGUGGAAGCUGUCGUCACUGGGCCACUUCCUCAAGGGCUCAAGCGCAGCACUCGGCAUCAUCAAGGUGCAAAACUCGUGCGAGAAAAUGCAACACUACGGCAACCUGCGUGACGAGGAGGUCGGCGCCGCACUGAGCGAAGACGAGGCGCUCCGACGCAUCAAACAGUUGCUCGUCGACUGCAAGCGCGACUACGCCGUCGCCUCGGCAUAUCUGCGGCAACUGUAC